AGUACUUGCGGUACAUCCAAUUAACAGCAACAGUCUUAGCAAUACAGUCUCUAUGUAGUACGGCAGUGAUUGACAGAUGCCGCGGACCAUUAGCUUAUCCAAAAGGUUAUUAGAAUUAGGAGUGAUGCAGAGAUCCGUCCGGAUUUAGGGGUCUGUUUAGGUCCGGUGAUCUUGCAGAGUUAACAGGGAUUGAGAUAACUCACAGUUUUGUAAGAUGGCCGUUGCCCCAAGGCUUGGGCCUAGGUACUGCUGAUGACAGCUGCGCAGAUCCUCCUCCAUCAGCAGCCCACGAGGAAAAGAAAACGUGUUUAAUGGCUGCCGCUCCCUUAUAUGGGCAGGGGCAGGGCCGUUUUGGAUUGGUCCGAGUCAGCUGUCACUCACCGUUACAAUGCAUGGUGGGCGAUCACCUAACUUCCUCCAAAGGUCCUUGAACCAUAAAACCAUAGAGUUUUGGAACGCAUCACAUGACCCACAGGUCCUGUGACACUACAACAAGGUAAGUAUUCAUUAUAUACAUAUAUACACUUAGAAUUUGAAUAAUUUUAACUGUUAAAGGGGUGACAAGGGGCUAACUAUAGAUGAGGACCCCAUCGGUAACUAAGGACUCUGACUUUGGGGACCUCACCACAAGGUAACAGAUGCAAUUUGGUACCAAGAUACCACAUACUGUUAUAGUGGUGACCCUGACGACCCACAAGGGCCCUGUGAGUUGCAGGUCACAGUGUAUUUUUAUGUUAUUUUUGUAUCAAUUUAUGCAUGCUAACAUUUGUUUUACAAUAAAGAAAUCAUUGGUUAAAUAUCCAUGGCCUUGAGCCCCAUAUUUUAUAUUGUAAUUUACCCAUUUUUUAGACACCGUGGGUAUAGGUGUCAGUUGGGUAGCUGGGGUCUUCAUUGGUGAUUAGCCUGACAGGAGCCUCUCCAUAUCUAUAUAUUUAUUGAUCUAACAUUGCACCUGUUCUCUGCCAAUGCAUACUGCUGCACUUAUAUAUUAUGGGACCUGGGGCCACCACCAAGAAGCUUCAACCUUUGUUAGAAACGCUCUGGCAGCAGAAGUGUUAAUGACAGGCAGAUCUGCUAACACUUCCUCAUUGUAAUUAUCAUUAAUGAACAUUUCUUUGGCUGUCGGGUUAUUUGUGUGUACAUCAAUAAAAGUUAAUUGUGUCUCUCGGGAUGUGAAGAUACAGGAGCAAAGCCACCAGAUAUAAAAUACUCGGCGACUAAAGGUGAACAGUAAGAUAUAAUCUGUGGUGCCAGAUAUUGUAUCACACAUCGUGGCGGUUGCUGUUCUCUCCAAUGUAGCAGAUUUUACAAUUGUUCAGACCAUUAUUGGAGUAUCUGACAGAUAACCAGCACUUGUGGCCCACAUAAUGGUACAUAUGUGAGCAAACUGGUUUUGUUAGUUUUUCUUAGUUUUUCUCAUCAGAGCGACAUUUAACAAGGCAAAAGAUGUUCUGUCAACAAAUAUGAACAACAACAGUUACAUUACAAGAUGGUCGUUGUUGUCAUGUGAUGUAUGGACUGUAAGUGAUCACAUGAGUCAGUCACAGCAGCAGUAUAAAUCUUUCUCCUGUCCUGAUAGUAUGCUACAAUGUAUCAGUUUGUAUGAGCUCCUAAUAGAAGUGGGAGAAGGGAACAGACAACUUCUGUGAGCAGAUCUCUGCCUUGCAAAAAUGGUUGUCCCAUAAUGAGCGAUCACCAGUCAUCCCCUUACAUAAAGGGUUAAAGUUAGUGUUGGAAAAUAAAUCUCAGUCUGUUUCCCUUCCCCAUGGUACUAUCUGGGCACUAAGGGCACUGACUCCUUGAGUCGCAAUGUCACGCACAGAGGGUGAGUAACACACAAGCAGAUGUCUCCACGCCUGGGGCUUUUGCACAGCAAAAUAAAAAGCCUUACAUCUUUCCGGCUUGGAGAAAAAUCAGGGGGAAGGUUAGAAAAAAUUAGAAAAGGAGGGCACCAGAUCACAUUAUUUGUCUGUGCCGGAAAUUCAGUUUAUAUUGAUCAUUCCUGGUAGAACAAAGUUGCAGUAAGGCUUACACUCUCAUGGAACAUUAUGCAGCAGCUGCCUCACAGUUGCAUUGUAAAGCAUCCACUGGUUCCAGCAGCAGUCUCGACAACUAAAAUGUGCAAAGAUGUCCAACAAGGAAAAACUACAGUAUUUGAAGGACUUUCACAAAGACAUCCUAAAGCCCUUUCCAGGCAAGAGUCCAGGAACACGUCCUGAAGAUGAGGCAGAUGGGAAGCCCCCACAGAGGGAAAAGUGGGCCAGUAAGAUCGACUUUCUGCUGUCAGUGGCUGGAGGCUUUAUUGGCCUUGGCAAUGUCUGGAGAUUCCCGUACCUCUGCUAUAAGAAUGGGGGAGGUGCCUUUUUAAUCCCAUAUUUCAUUUUCCUGUUUGGGGGUGGUUUACCCGUGUUCUUCCUGGAGGUUGUUUUGGGACAGUUUACAUCAGAAGGUGGAAUCACCUGCUGGGAGAAGAUCUGUCCAAUCUUUACAGGAAUCGGCUAUGCCUCUAUUGUCAUCGUGUCUCUUCUCAAUGUCUAUUACAUUGUUAUCCUGGCCUGGGGAGUCUAUUACUUGUUCCAAUCUUUCCAAAGUCAGUUGCCAUGGGCCCUGUGCCACCAACCAUGGAACAAAGAGACCUGCGUGGAGGACACGUUCUGGAAGAACAGGACCAUGGGGUUGUCAAUGAACUCUACAAACUUCACCUCCCCUGUGACAGAGUUCUGGGAGUAUAAAGUUCUUAGCUUAUCAAAGGGAAUUGAUGAUGUUGGUGUAGUUAAGUGGGACCUGGCACUGUGUCUCCUGCUCACUUGGGUCAUCUGUUUUUUCUGUAUAUGGAAAGGUGUUCGCUCCACGGGAAAGGUAGUAUACUUCACAGCCACAUUUCCAUUUAUUAUGCUACUGGUAUUACUGAUCCGUGGGGUCACCCUUCCUGGAGCUUCAGAAGGGAUCAAAUUCUACCUUUACCCAGACAUAGAGCGCUUGGCAGAUCCUCAGGUAUGGAUUGACGCUGGCACCCAAAUUUUCUUUUCCUACGCUAUCUGCUUGGGAGCCAUGACGUCCCUGGGGAGUUACAACAAGUACAAGUACAACUGCUAUAGGGACUGUUUGCUGCUGGGAUGCCUCAACAGCGGUACCAGUUUUGUGUCUGGCUUCGCAAUUUUUUCCAUCCUGGGCUUCAUGGCACAAGAGCAAGGGGUGGACAUUGCAGAUGUGGCAGAGUCAGGUCCUGGCUUGGCAUUCAUCGCAUACCCCAAAGCUGUCUCCUUGAUGCCUCUGCCCUCCUUCUGGGCAAUUCUCUUCUUUAUAAUGCUUUUAUUGCUUGGAUUAGAUAGCCAGUUUGUUGAAGUUGAAGGACAGAUCACAUCAUUAGUUGAUCUGUACCCGUCCUUCCUACGGAAGGGUUACAGGCGAGAGAUCUUCAUCGCUAUUGUGUGUUUCCUCAGCUAUCUUUUGGGGUUAACUAUGGUCACAGAAGGUGGCAUGUAUGUAUUCCAGCUUUUCGACUACUAUGCAGCGAGUGGUGUCUGUCUCCUGUGGGUUGCAUUCUUUGAAUGUAUUGCUGUAGCCUGGAUUUAUGGCGCUGAUAAUUUAUAUGACAACAUUGAGGACAUGAUUGGGUACCGGCCAGGACCGUGGAUGAAAUGGAGCUGGUGUGUAGUUACCCCUCUGCUUUGUGUGGGAUGCUUCAUUUUCUCUUUAGCCAAAUAUACUCCUCUGACAUACAACAAGUAUUACACAUAUCCAGAGUGGGCCAUUGGGGUCGGCUGGGGCCUAGCUCUGUGCUCCAUGCUAUGUAUCCCAUUGGUCGCAGUAUACAGAAUUGUGCGUGCAGAAGGAUCACUGAUUGAGAGGAUUAAGUUGGUUACAGCCCCAAGAGAGAUUAAUCGCUGGGCCAAAGAAUCUGAGACUUCUGCACCUUUCUGCCCAAAUAGUGGCCACAUGAAGCCCACGCACGUCAUCGUGGAGACCAUGAUGUAAUCCAGUGUCCAGCCACCCUCAGACGAGAGAAACACUCGAUCCAGAGGUUUACUAACCCUCUCCUUAGAUUCAGGUUUAUGGAGAUCUCUGUUUGCACUAGAAUUCUGAUUUGUCGGCUCUUGUAGAGAACAUUGUAUAAUAUGUGUGCGCAAGUGCGUAUUUUGUAUAACUUUGUAGUGAGCCCCUGAUCUCUCUGUGUAGAGACAGACUCAUAUCACAAAGAGAUUUAAAACAUUGAAUUUUUAUAUAUUUCUAUAUACAUUUUAAUGAUCUUUUAUCUGUUGUAUCUACCUCCAGUCAACAUAAAGAGGCGACAGCCUAACAAUGCUUCAUUCUCAGCAGAGUACCAAAGGCUGCUUUGCUUCAACUGCCGGGAAGACUCAGGUUAGACAUGAAGCUUCUCAGCAGCUAGAGAUAAAGAUUGCCUAAAACUGGUAUACAGCGUUUACUUAUAACAACAAGUGAUGUAAAAAGUAGGUUUACAUCUGAACACCAUUUUAAAUAAUGAUAUGAAUUUACACAUUUUAGGAAAUAGUUUACUUAGGAUGCACUUACACUGUGCAGUUUGGCUGCCAAAACCCAGCUUGGAUCAUAAUGAGGCGUUCCCAAACUCCUGAAGUGGCGGGGGCUGACACUCCUCCUUGCUUCUCUUCCUAUUCCUGCUUGAUUGUCAGAAUUCAGCCUCCAGCACAUACACAUUGUGCACUGGCAAGAUUUGGAAACUGGCCUCAGCUUUCAGAUGACUGUCAAUCAAGCAUGGAUGGGAGGGGUGGGCAGGAGGUGUUCUAGCCCUCAUAAUUUCAGGGGCUUGGGAACACCUCCUCUGUCUUUUGACACCUGAUAAUGGAAGCACAGACAAAGUUCAUUUGGAAGAUAAAUAUUCCGCUUAACUUUGGACAAAUGCUGCAACUUUGGUUUAAAAUAUUUACACUUUAUCUCCCAGGGAAUCUUGGGAAUGUGGCCUUCCAACAUAUGAAGCCUGUAUGCAGGUGAACACCAAAAAUUUCUGGCGUAAGGAACAUGCGCAAGAAGUCAAGUUGGUUGGUUGUAAUGGUCAUCUCACAGGUCAAACAUACAAACCUUGUCAAAAGUUAAGGAAUCCCCACACUUAGCUGUCAUCCAGUUUUUUUCUAAUUCAGGCCAAAUAAAUAGACCAGAGACCAACAAAACAGUGUUUCUUUAACGGCUGAACAUUUUGGCUUUGUGAGACAUAACAAACAAAUGGAAGGAAAUUAUUUUAGUUAAUGACAGAUGUUUUUCCAGAAUUAGUGGAGGAAAAAUUAUGUCAUCGCUAUCAACAUAAAAAAUUCCCAAUUAAUCCUUUGUGUUACUUGAGCUUUUAUUACGUGUGAAUUCCUUUAUGUCUGGACAUUACUAGUAAUUAACAAUAUGCUACAGCCAGAUGGUUCCAACUUUUUCAAAGUGUCGAUUCAGGGAUUGGCUUGUGUGAAAUGUCUUCAGCAAAGCAGGAAAAAUAACAUAGGCAUUUGUUUUCUUGUAAAUUUCCUAUUUUCAAGGUGUAAUGCUUGGAGUCUUCUACCCUAAAACUUUUUUAUCUUCCUUGGUCUACCCGUAUGUUCUCUUUUUUAUAAUUUUCCCAUUUUGUUUAUAAUUGCACAAGGUUUUACCACACAGCUGACUGGGAACAAGCAACAUCUUUUUUCCUCUCUCUGAUGAGGAUCGUGCCACACAUGGUAUUUGCUGUGGACGUUUCCAUGGAUAUUCAUUAAUCCACAGCAUUAACAGUAGCAGUCAAGUGGAUAAUAUUCAAAAAUAAAAAUCUUACCCACAUUCCAUGUACAUUUAACACACACAGCAUGUCAAUUUAGGCAUUGGAAAUACUUCUAAUUUAUUGUGGAUUUUCCCUUCUGAUUUCAUUGGGGGGGAUUAUAUAUAUGCAGCACUGCAAAAUCUGCAGACGCUUUAAGUACCUUCCCUUUAAAUAAAGAUCCAUUUACAUUUCUAAAAGAAAUCUCAGCACAAGUUGAUUCUUAUUUUUUUCCCAUCCAUUGAGGCAUUUCAUACUUGAUCUGGUAAAACAUACAAUGAAAUACAUUUUCCUUUCUGUUAUGGUAUGCAUCAUGAAACCAAAAUGUUCAGCUAUUAAACAAGAUUAAAAUCUAUGAUUUGUGUAUUUGCUACAGAUUAACAAAGUUUGUGAACUUCAUGUAAGGGUACAACCACACGUGGCAUAUACACUGCUUACACCCAUAUACUGGUAGGGAAUCUGCAUCGAAAUAUACCUGCUAUAUAGAUUUUAAAUCCACAGUGUGCAUUUAUGUAUGUUGUAGAUAGGCUAAAGAUAUUCCCCAUUGACUUGAAUGGAAAUAUAAAAAUCCACAAGUAUAGAAUUUUAAAUACAUAAACCUUUUCAAAUGUAUAUGUAUGUAUUUUGCACUAAAGUCCUCAACAGCUAAUCACCAUAAUCUUGUGUGGAUUUACCUGUGGGAAUGUGCAGAUUUUCCCCUGGAGAAUAUCCUCAGCAUUUUUAUCCCAUGUGUUGAUCUCAUAUUUUUGCCAGGGGUUUUAUCUAUAAAAUCUCAACAGAUCAGAUAACAGCCCUUUAGGGUAAGUUCACACGAACCAGAAAUGCUGACAAUAUUUCCUGCAUAUGCGUGCUAGAAAAAAACUUCUAUUUGGUGCAGAUUUAUCUUGUGGAUUUCCCUGCAGCAUACAGAUUUGCUGUGGAAAUUUUCCACAGUAAUCCUGAUCUGUGUAAACUUACUCUCGGCCCAUCAAAUGCAGACUCUGUCCUGUGGAGUAACAGGGGCUGAAUUUCAUCAGCAGACAAGGCAGUAUUUCAGAUGAUAUUUUUUAUUUUAUAGUUUAGUAUACUUUCCCCCAUUGUUUUUAAGAUAACACCCCAAUGAUUUCAAACAAGACUGCAAACACUCUAACAUAUUGGGUUUAUCUCAGGGGUUUGCAUGUUUUUUUUCCUUACAGAGGAGCUGGAAAUGUCCUUGUUGCCCUUGUGUAGUGAGUUAGGUAGUGAGUCAUAAUUUCAUACUUAUUUAUAUGCUACCCAUAAAGAAGAUUAACAUCUCACCAGGGCCGGUUUUGUGGCCAUGGGUAAAAAUAAAAAUGGGGCCCAUAGGUCACAUGACCAAAGAUCACCAUGUUGAAUUGUGCUGCAUCUCAGCUGAAGGCCAUAACACAAAUGCAUUAUAGGGUCCAAAUCUAAGCUAUAUAGGGGGAGAUUUAUGAAAACCUGUGCAGAGGAUCAGUGGUGGAGUUGCCCAUAGCAACCAAUCAGAGGCCUUUUUAAAAAUGAGAGUAGCAUCCUCUACAUAGGCUUUCAUAAAUCUUCCCCAUAGUGAAUACUUUUUGCUUAAAGCGCAACGGUCACAUAAAAAUAGGUCAAUAACCUGUCAGCACAAGCCGAUCACUGGUAUUCUGCAGCCAUACAUUUAUUUUGGCACUCCUUGUCUUCUAUGCUGUAAAAAUGACUUUUAUCUACAGUUGCCACAAGUCAGAGAGGCAUAGUCAGGGAUCUGCAAUCUCUUUUUCGACAUCACAGCACCGCCACGGCAUCGCUCACUGACUGAGAAAGAAACAGAGCUACGUGCCAGUCAGACUGGGGCAGUGCCCUGAUGCCAGAAAAGAGAGGCUUGGCAGCCCUGGGGCAUUGUAGAUCCCUGGCCACUCCUCUCUGACUUUUGGCAACUGUGGGUAAAAGUAAUUUUUACAGCAUAGAAGAUAUAAAGUGCCAAAACAGAGAGAUGGCUGCAGUAUACCUGUGGUCAGCUCGUAGGCUGCAGUAUACCAGUGAUGAGCCCGUAGGCCACAGUAUACCAGUGAUCAGCUCGUAGGCCGCAGUACACCAGUGAUCAGCUUGUAUGCCGCAGUAUACCAGUGAUCAGCUCGUAGGCCGCAGUACACCAGUGAUCAGCUUGUAGGCCGCAGUAUACCAGUGAUCAGCUCGUAGGCCGCAGUAUACCAGUGAUCAGCUUGUAGGCCGCAGUAUACCAGUGAUCAGCUCGUAAGCCGCAGCAUACCAGUGAUCAGCUCGUAGGCCGCAGUAUACCAGUGAUCAGCUCGUAAGCUGCAGUAUACCAGUGAUCAGCUCGUAGGCCGCAGUAUACCAGUGAUCAGCUCGUAGGCCGCAGUAUAUCAGUGAUCAGCUCGUAGGCCGCAGUAUACCAGUGAUCAACUCGUAGGCCGCAGUAUACCAGUGAUCAGCUCGUAGGCCGCAGUAUACCAGUGAUCAGCUUGUAGGCCGCAGUAUACCAGUGAUCAGCUCGUAAGCUGCAGCAUACCAGUGAUCAGCUCGUAGGCCGCAGUAUACCAGUGAUCAGCUCGUAAGCUGCAGUAUACCAGUGAUAAGCUCGUAGGCCGCAGUAUACCAGUGAUCAGCUCGUAGGCCGCAGUAUAUCAGUGAUCAGCUCGUAGGCCGCAGUAUACCAGUGAUCAACUCGUAGGCCGCAGUAUACCAGUGAUCAGCUCGUAAGCUGUGCUGAUGGUUAUUGACUUAUUUUUGCGCUUUAACCAUUAAAAUAAAUCAGACCCUAAAACACUCCUGUAUUGUGGCUAUGUUAGAGCAGCUCUCACCUGAUCAGAAGCCAUCACAGCAUACAGGACUAUUAAAUCCAGUGACCAUAGGGGGCGUCUUCUCUGAUUGUAUAUGUUCUCUUCUCCAUCCAGCCCAGGCAAAUAUGAUGAUGUCUCCUGAUGACUGAAGACUAUACCAAGACAUAUAUGGCCCCUUCUGCAGUCUACCCAAAACUCUAUAGUAAUACAUCCCAUCCUUUACACCGCCAUCCUGCUUUGCUAAUGCUGUGCUUGCUGCUCCCCAAUUACCAUUUCUACAGCAUACCUAGGGGACAGUGUAAAAAUCUAAUCUAAUCAGUAGGAUCUGACCCCACUGGAACCCCUGGGGGAUUGGUGCAACAGCACAUGAUCCCAUGUUACUCCAUUCAUUCUCUAUGGGGUCUCCAUACAUGUGAGUGCAGCAAUCAGCAAUGUUUAUAAGUCCCAUAGAGAACAAAUGGAGCUGCAGGUGCUGCUGCUCCAUUCAUUUUGGGGACAAGGGACCUGUCUUCUCAUGAUCGAUGGUGGUCCCAGGGGUCAGGUCUCACCGAUCAGAUAUUCUGUGUAUUGGUGAUGACCUUUGGUGUACAGACCCCAGACUGGACCAAAAGACCCUACCCCUCCACACAUUGCUCCCCAUGACCCUCACUCAUAUAUACUUCAUGACCCCAUAUCUCACAUAUACUUCUCUGUAUGACCCCCUAUCUCACAUAUACUGCUCCGUAUGUCCCCCAAUAUCACAUAUACGGUUCUGUAUGACCCCAUAUUUCACAUAUAUACUGCUUCCAAUGAUCUCCUAUCACAUAUAUACUGCUCCCUAUAACCUUCUAUCACAUGUAUACUGCUCCCUAUGACCUCCUAUCACAUAUAUACUGCUCCCUAUGACCCCCUAUCACAUAUUUUCUGCUCCCUAUGACUCCAUAUCACAUAUAUACUGCUCCCUUUGACCUCCUAUAACACAUAUACUGCUCUCUAUGACCCCCUUCUCCCAUCAUACACUGCUUCCUAUGCUCCCCAUAUACUGCUGCCUAUACCCCCAUAUAUUGCUAACUUUACCCCCUAUAUACAGUUUAUAAGCCCCUCAUCACAUGUACUGGUCUCCUCACGUCCUUACAGCCCCCCUCCCCCCCCAUGCUUUUCCCUAUUACCUCCUCCUCCUCUUCGUACACUGUAUGAUAAAGGACCUGCGAUGACAUCAUCAGGAAGGUCCUUUACCAUACAGUGUGAGUGUCUAUUCUGCUCUGUGGGCUCUCUGAAGCCUGGGCAAUUUGCAUAAAAUCGCCUCAUUUUGCCGCAAUUUUACCGCGAUUUUGUGCAAAUCAUGGCAAAAUGCAGUAAUGUUCCUCUAGAGUUCAGGGGGCCCUUUUGGACAUGGGGGCUCUGGGAAAUUGCACAGGUUGCCCCUCCCUAAAACUGGCCCUGCAUCUGACCACAGCAUGCUCCUUUGGACAUAGUUGUGAUCUAUGGUAAUAUCUGAAGGGCUUGUUCACAUCACAUUUUUCUUUGUUUAGUACGCACACAGAGGAAAGGUAUUGCCAACUUUGAGGAUGAGUUAAAAAAAAAAAAAAAAUAGCCUAAGGGUGAUAGAUAGCACUGUAUGGCAAGUAUGUUUGGCCUCUGCUAAACAUAGUCUGUCAUAGGGUGGACAAGGAGCUGGCUGCAGUUAGCUGAAUAAAUUGUAGACAUUAUCUGGAGGAUGAGGCAGGAUGGACAGGAGCAGUGUCAGAGUGUCCUGUGUGGAGAAGGAGACAACCUCACUCCCUGACAGUGAAGACUCAGGGGUAGUGGUGCCUCCAGCUGUGUACAUGGUGGUACUAGGAGCUGCAGCCACAGGGGACAGGAGGUAAGAUAACAGGCAGAAAAGCCAGCCUGCUUAUAUUUGGAAAUGACAGAGUAAUUGCGGGCAAAGGCUCCUAUGAUCUAUAGGCCUGUUCUAAUGAUAUCUACUGUUCAUAAAACACGGGUCUGUACAAGGGGGAGGCGCUUUUUGGGUAACAUAUCCCAGUAUAUGGUAUACAUAAGACUGGUGGAAGGUUCCAAACGUGAUGUGAACAUAGCCCAAAACAUUAGGAGUCUCCCUGUACAUGUAUAGACCAAAUAUGACUUGAUACAUGUUACAAUAUUGUUUUGCAAUGUUUGGUUGCAGCUCAGUUCCAUUGAAGUGAAUGGAGCUAAGUUGUAAUACCACACAACCUGUGGACAGGGGUAAGGCUGAUUUCAGAAAAAAUUCUCUCUGAUUCUAUUCUAUUCCUGAAAAGUAUUGCACAUUUAGCUCCAUAUUUUCCUCCAUUCUAGCACAAUUUCUUUGUUGCAGACUGGCUGAAUGUCUGCAGCUUUGAAUUCACAUAAGAUGAUCGGUUAUAUUACAAGUAGUGACCAGCUUUUGCCCAAAAUAAAUUUCAAUGUCAAAACUAUG